AUAUUCCAGAAGUGAACUUUAAUUCCGUCAGAGAACCAGUUAUAUGCAAAGCUUGCCUCAAUUCAUUGGAUAGUCACACGAGUUUUUUAAAAAACUGUUUAAGUAUGGAAGAGAUCAGAAAUAUUUCAUGUGACGAAACCAUAAAAAGUCCCCACCGUAGCAUCAAAGAGGAAAUUGAAUUCAAAUUUGAAGAUUAUAAUUCUCCCUCGGAAGGUGAGCCUGUUGACUACACAAGUGACUGCAAACCUGAAUAUGCAGGAGCUACAAGUAGUUCUGUGCAUCAUACUCAAAAAGAACCGACACGAAUCGAUGGAGAAGACAUUCGGUUAAAAGAUGAACCACUUGACUACGUAAGUGACUACCAGUUUGAUUAUGCGGGAUCUACAAGUAAUUCUAUACGUAAUAUCAAAAAAGAACCGACACGAAUCGAUGAAGAAGACUUUCAGGUAAAAGAUGAACCCGUCGACAGCGAACGUGACUCCCAAUCUGAAUAUGCGGGAUCUACAAGUAAUUCUAUGUGUAAUACCCAAAAAGAACCGACACAAGUUAAAGGGGAAGACUUUUGGGUGGAUUCUUCUAAACAGCAGAUGCUGAAAUGUGAUUUGUGCAAUUAUAAAAUGGCUCACAAGCGGUAUCUUGCACGACAUCAACGAAAGCACAAAGUUUCCUCGAUGGAGACGAUGUAUAAAUGCGAUUUGUGCGAUUACAAAACCAUUUAUAAGCAACAUCUCAAACUACAUCAACUAAAACAUAAAGACGUCUCUGAAGGGGAAAUGUUGAAAUGUGAUUCAUGCGAUUAUAAAACGAGACAAAAGAGAUAUCUUACACAUCAUCAACUGAGACACAAAUACGUCCCGGAAGAGCAGAUGUUGAAAUGCGGUUUGUGCAAUUAUAAAACCGCUCAUAAGCACUAUCUUGCACGACAUCAACAAAACCACAAAGUCUUCUCGAAGGAGCAGAAGUACAAAUGCGAGUCCUGCGAUUACAAAGCCAGACGAAAGGAUCAUCUUAGGCGACAUAAGCUUAGACAUAAAGACAACCCUGACGGGGAAAUGUUGAGAUACGAUAACAGCGACAUUUCCCAGAGCAACCGUACGCAGCAUAAAGACAUGCCUGAAGGGGAGAUGUUGAAAUGCGAGUCAUGCGAUUAUAAAACCGGUCGAAAGCGCAAUCUUAUACAUCAUCGACUGAGACACAGAUACAUCCCCGAAGAACAGAUGUUGAAAUGUGAUUUGUGCAAUUAUAAAACCGUUCAUAAGCACCAUCUCACCCAACAUCUACUUAGACAUAGAGCGGUUCUCGAGGAAAAGACAUUGAAAUGCGACUGCUGCGAUUUCAAAACCAUUUAUAAUCGCAGUUUUAGGCAACAUCAACUAAAACAUAAAGGCAUCCCCGAAGAAGAAAUGUUUAAGUGUGACUCGUGCAAUUUUAAAACCAUUUAUAAAAACAAUCUUAAACAACACAAAGUGAAACAUAAAGACGUCUCCGAAGGGGAAAGGUUUAAAUGCGAUUCGUGCAAUUUUAAAACCAUUCAUAAGUACUACCUUAAGAGACAUCAGGUAAUGCACAAACUCGUCCCCAAAGAGCAGAAUCUUCACAUAAGCAAGAUGCUGAAAUGCAAUUCGUGUGAUUUCAAAACCAUCUAUAAGAACAACCUUACACAGCACCAAAUCAAACACAAAGACGUUCCUGACGAGGAAAUGCUGAAAUGUGGCUUGUGCGAUUAUAAAACCGUUUAUAAGCACUACCUUAAGAGACAUCAGGCGUUACACAAGGUCGUCUCCGAGGAACAGAUGUUGAGAUGUGACUUGUGCGAUUACAAAACCAAUCGAAAGGACUACCUUACACGGCAUCGGGUGAAACACGUGCCCGAGGAUCAAAUAUUUAAAUGCUACUCGUGUGAUUUUAAAACCGUUUAUAAGCAGUCUAUCGCGCAACAUCAACUUGUACACAAAGAAAUCCUCGAGAUGUUGAAGUGCGGUUCCUGCGAUUAUAAAACCAAUUCUGUGGGCGGUCUGGCGCGGCAUCAACGAAAACACAAAGCCGUCCGCGAGCGGCAAGAGUACAAAUGCGAUUCGUGUGGUUAUAAAACCGUUUAUAAGCACUGUCUUAUACGGCAUCAACUGAAACACAGUGGCAAAAUUGUAGGCGAGCAGGAUAGUCUUGCGACAGUAAGUCUUGUGUGUGAUGCGGGUGUUACUGUUGAUGCUUCAGAACGGACCAAACUAAUUUAUGAUUCACAAUAAGAUUUGCAGCGAUCUUCCUGUUACUAGUAUUUGGGUUUUCUUCAAUUUCAUGGAGAAUAGCUUCUUCCAACUCAGCGUUCUAACACCCGAAGGUCUUCCAGGAAUUUGACCCAUCUGAAAUUAAAAACUGAUUUUUUUUAAUAAAUAUUUGAACUGUAGCUGGACAAUGGCUGUCCCACAGAUCCCACAUUUAUAUAACAUAAAAAUCCUUAUUUUGGCUACAGAAUAUGCCCUUGGAUUUUUUACCUGUACUUAAGAAACGCCCUGUACUGUCAAGAAUUUCUUUAAUUUAUCAAUUUGUAAAUAUAGCCAACGAAUCCACAUUUCACAUGGUUUUUUAAUCUUCAUCUUGCCGCAAACCUAUUUACCUUGGAAUUGUAACAUUAUUCAGAAAUAUAUUACUAAUUUCUU